AUGAUAUCUGCUAUUAUACUGGAGCAGUAUAGUGCAGCUCGAGAGCAACUACAAUCCCGAAUUGCAGAGAAAAUUCGACGACAAAUGAGUACACUUGUUGGUAACAUGGAAAAUGCGGACUUACUUCUGGUGGCUGCAGAUGGCCGAAAGCUUCCUGCACACGAAUGCAUUCUACGAACUCGAGCUCCCGGUUUCUAUCAGCGUCAUGUGGAGGCGACCGUAGCUGCGAUGGGUCGACAAGAGGGACGUUUGCGAGAGGUCGCCAUUGGAGAUGUUGACUCGUCUGGAUUGGAAUUCUUUAUACAUUCCGUGUAUACAGAAGAUGAGAUUGCACAGUUUCCGAAUAAUAUCGACGAGGAACGCUGCAAAUCAUCUUGUGUUCCUAACCGAUCGCCUGUAAUGGAUGAAUCCACAAACGAGUUGGAUUUUCACCAGAGAGGGGUGGAUGAUAGGUCGUUUGAAGAAGAGACUCCAACCUCCGGACAACCACCCCUCUGUGAUUUCCUCGCGUCCGGAAGUAAUCCACCUUCUCCUCGUCGACUAACGUCAUCAUCUACGCCUUCAUAUUCAACUUCGGCACUUACAACACCAGCGUCCACAGCCUAUCAUCGAGUAUCGCCCGGAAUUACGACAACGUCUUCAGACCUGAUGACGUCGUCGGCUCCAGUGAUGACGUCUUUCAGAGACCUGGCGACCGGCUCACCAAUGUCAAGCUCAGCCUAUUCUCUUGGUGGAAGGAGCGAGGUCACUGAUAUACCCGAAGAAGGCGAAAACGUGCGUAUAGAACGACGGCAUAGUAGAGAAGUCUCGAUGAGCAAGUUCAUUCGACUCAAUCAAGACGAACCAAGGGACAUUCAAAAAGAGUUUAUGGAACGAAAGCGAUCACGUGAACGAACAAAGCAAAUUUUUCCAAUGUUCAUCGGGUUGGAGGACGAUGACCUGGCUAGAACAGUGGUCGCAGGUAUCCCUCGUGGUGGACGAGUAAUCAUGACAAAACGAUUGUCAAUGACAUCGUUAACGUCAUUGAAUAGCAUCGAUAUGACGCCGUCUGAAGCUCAAAUAGUUCAGUCGGAUCGUGUACCAUGCAGUCGACUUGCCUUAGACCUGAUGCAGAUGUACCUCAGCAACCAAGACACUGAUGUCGUUAUUCGAACGGAAAGCGGUGAUUUACAUGCACACAAUUAUUCACGAAAUGCGAUCCACUUCCUUCUCACAUUUCUUUACGGUGGCCUAACUUCGAUUCCUGAUGAGGUUGAUAUAUGGGAAGUCAUUGCUCUUGCAACGCACCUCAAUCAUAAGGAUCUUGCUGACGUUGUGAUUCUUCAUUUAAAGGCUACACGAUGUCAUUGGUUUCAUCGAUAUGCCGCAAAAUUCGAAUGCUUUGGUAGAGCAAUUCGCAUGGAGAGUAGUGCGUAUGCCACAAACGUAAUCAUGGAUAUCAAGUCCAGUUACGGUUUCAAGUCUUCGAUUCUCGUAAUGCGCUCACUUCGCUGUUCGUCGAUUUAUACGUACUUGUCUAUCGAAGAUAAAACACUCACGUUUGUAGCAUUAGCAUGGCAAGCAAAACACUUUGCUCGAAUUUGGAAAGGUCGUGUAUUCAGCCAUCUUAAUGAAAGAUGGCAAAAGGAAUGCUAUGAGGCUGUUAUACAGGAACUGGACGAUGAAACGCUGAUUGACACUAUACUAGGAUGUGAGCGAUUACAGGGUCUAGCACUCAAUCUUGGUGUCUUGGAAGGACUACUUCCAUCAGUUGUGCACUACCUCUCAGCAGAUGUAGCUAUCAAGGCAUUUAAAGGUUUGGGCAACUUGUUACAACAAAUUCAUACUGCACCAUCGUCUCCGAGUCAUGUUCUCAAGAUUCCUGUCGAUGAAUACGGGCCGAGAUUCUUCCUGUUGGUGCGUCGGAUCUAUGAACUAAUCGACAAGCAUUUACUACACUAUGCUGCAUCAGUGGUGAAAUCUGAGGCGUGGCAUUUGUUGUCCAAACAUCAACAAGCGAGGAUUGAAGAAGGAAAGCCACUGUCGAAAAUUCAACAGCCAAUAAAUUCAUCUGACGAGAAAACCGAGACAACGGCUGGAACGGCAGCGAAUGAGCAGCCAAUGGUGGAACGAAAACGUGAACGAAAAGAGGACAGCGCUACGCCAGAACAAAAUAUAGAGCACGGUAGAGGUCGCUAA